CAAACAUUUAGGUUGGUCAAAUUUAUAUUCAAUACAAAUAACUAUGAUAUAGUACGUACAUUUUUAAAUAUAAAUCCAACAGAUCAGCAUCCUUACUAUGAGUCAUACAUCUAUCAUUAAACAGAAAUGCUCAACAUUAUAUAUAAACUCAACAUCACACAUUGAUUCAUACAACUCAAGCUUCCAUCAACUUGACCCACACCGAAAGAAAAAGAGAAGAAGAGAGACUUUUUUUCUUGGGCAUUCCCAAGUUUUCUUUUUUCUUCCUCUUAACACUUUUUUUGUGGGUAUUUCCCUAAAAAGAAAACUUUAUUUUUGUUCUUAGUAAAUCUGCUUUUAAAUUUUAUAAAAAUGGGAAACUGUUUGAUGGGAGGAAACAACGUUGAGAAAAUGGUUAAAGAAGAAGAAGUAAUGAAGAAAGAAUACAAGAGAAAAGAUCGUAAAGUAAAGAUAGUUUUGAGAAGAGAUGAGUUAGAGAAACUCAUUCUUUUUCAGCUAAAUGCCAAUGGUAACGUCGACGGCAAGGGAGAAACAACUUUGGCUUCUUUUGGUGACUUUCUAAGGGAGUUAGAGGCGGAGAGAUCUGCGGGAGAAGCGGCUGCAAAGGCGGCUGAGGAAGAGGAGGAGUCUCGUCGGAGAUGUCGUAAGUGGAGGCCCUCGUUGGAAAGAAUCACUGAAUGGCCUGAAGAAACACUUUCGUAAUCUUUUUCUUUAAUCCUUUCUUUUUCGUUUUAGAGAUCUUGAAGUCUUUUAUUUUUCUUAUGAAAAUGGGAUUUUUUGUGGGGGAGUUUGCCCUUUUGCUGAUUUUUUUCCCUUUUUUUACCGAGGGAUAUUUUUUCAUCUGAGAUUUUAUCUCAGUGUGUUUGAGAUCAGCAAAAGGCUUAUUUACCCCAGAGAAAAUCCUCAGAAAAAACGAAAUUAUGUAUUCAUUUUCGUCUUUCAUGUAAGGUUCAAUUUGUCAUCAUAAAUAAAUAUUAGUAGUUUAGUAUAAACUUGUUAAGUCUUC